UCAGUUCUAGAUUAUGUCUGGUCCGGCAAAGAAGAAAUUCCGAUUCGCCAUCGAUCGCGGGGGCACUUUCACGGACGUUUUCGCCAAGUGCCCCGACGGGAGAAUUCGAGUCCUGAAAUUGCUCUCGGAGGACCCCCAACAUUACGAUGACGCCCCGACAGAGGGCAUUAGACGGAUCCUGCAAGAGGAAACUGGUAAUGCCUUGGAUAGUGACAAACACGUCAAUAGCUCGCUAAUAGAAUGGAUAAGGAUGGGAACAACCGUCGCAACUAACGCCCUAUUGGAAAGAAAAGGAGAAAAGAUGGCUUUCGUCACCAAUAGUGGAUGCAAAGAUAUACUGCUCAUGGGCAAUCAAGCAAGACCUAAAAUUUUUGAUUUGAACAUUAGACGUCCUGAGAUACUUUACGAGCAGGUUCUAGAAAUAGACUGUCGUGUGAUACCUGUUCUGGAAGACAAAUGCAAGUUGGGUACUCAAACGAAGAACUGGAGAAUUGUCGAAGGAAUAACAGGCGAAAAAUUCUACGUCACUAAGGAAAUUAAUGAAGACGAAGUUAAAAAGACGCUGUUGACGAUUAAGGAAAAAGGCAUACAGAGCAUCGCUGUUGCUUUGCUACAUAGCUACACCUUUUAUGAGCACGAGUUGCUGGUUGGAAAAAUAGCUAAAGAUAUAGGAUUUAGUCAUGUUUCUUUAUCCCACCAAGUCAUCCCCAUGGUCAGAAUCGUACCGAGGGGUUUCACGGCAUGCGCUGACGGAUAUUUGACACCGCACGUUAAAAAAUACGUCAACGGCUUUUCGAGGGGGUUUAAAAAUAAAUUAGAAGGAACCAGAGUGUUGUUUAUGCAAAGCGACGGUGGAUUGACACCUAUGGAAAAUUUCAACGGAGCCCGGGCUAUUUUAUCAGGACCGGCUGGUGGGGUUGUGGGGUAUGCGGUGACCACUUGGCAAAAAGAAACCGACCUUCCUGUCAUAGGUUUCGAUAUGGGUGGUACCUCCACUGACGUAUCUAGGUUCGCUGGUACCUACGAGCACGUUUACGAAAGUACCACAGCUGGAGUGACCAUACAAGCUCCUCAACUCGACGUCAAUACCGUUGCAGCGGGUGGAGGAUCAAUGCUCUUCUUCAGAUCCGGACUGUUCGUAGUGGGUCCAGAAUCAGCAGGGGCUCAUCCAGGACCAGUUUGUUAUAAAAAGGGUGGUCCUUUGACAGUGACAGAUGCGAAUCUAGCUUUAGGAAGGCUUCUACCAGAAUAUUUUCCCAAUAUUUUCGGUCCUAAUGAGGAUUCCCCUUUAGAUAAAGUGCAGACUUUGAAAGAAUUUGAGAAGUUGACUAAAGAUAUUAACGAAUUUUUAGUUAAAUCCGAAAGUAAAACGGGCUCUAUGUCGAUUGAAGAAGUAGCUAUGGGAUUCGUUAGAGUGGCCAACGAAGCUAUGUGCCGUCCAAUCAGAGCACUGACGCAGGCGAAAGGCUACGAUACUGCCCGACAUGCUCUGGCUUGUUUCGGCGGAGCAGGGGGACAGCACGCAUGCGCUAUUGCCAGAUCCUUGGGUAUGACCACGGUGUUCGUACAUAAAUACGCUGGCAUCCUCUCCGCUUAUGGCAUGGCUUUAGCGGACGUGGUCCACGAAGCCCAAGAACCCAGCGCUAAAGGCUACUAUACAGAAAACUUCAAAUAUUUCGACGAUAGACUUAAAAUUCUAGGCGAUAAAUGUAGAAACGAAUUACUUAAACAGGGUUUCGAUGAAAAACACAUUGUUCUGGAACCCUACCUACACAUGCGAUACGACGGCACUGAUUGCGCCCUAAUGGUCCCACCUUCUCCCGCCUCUGAUUCCACCCCGAAAUCGGGAGAUUUUUUGAAGAGCUUCGUAGAGAGAUACAAGCUGGAAUUUGGAUUCGUCAUCCAAGGAAGAGAUGUUAUUAUUGACGAUAUUAGGGUAAGAGGUAUUGGUAAAAGCGAUAUAGAUGAAGAACCUUUAAUAGAAAUUUCACAAUCUACACCGGUACCAAAUUCUAAAACGAAAGUAUUUUUCGAAAAUGCCUACCAUGAAACGAAUGUAUAUCUGCUUAAAGACCUGAAGGCUCAGCAAACUAUCAAUGGACCUGCCAUUAUUAUGGACCAACUGAGUACUGUAUUGAUUGAGCCGGAUUGCAUCGGUACCAUCACCAAAUUAGGCGAUAUUAAGAUAGUCAUUGGUAGCGGUAAAAUCAAGACUAUUGGUUCUCAGCUGGAUUCUAUACAACUGAGUAUUUUCAGCCAUAGGUUUAUGAGUAUUGCUGAACAAAUGGGGAGGAUUCUUCAACGUACUUCUAUAUCAACAAACAUCAAAGAGCGCUUGGAUUUCUCUUGCGCCCUAUUUGGAGCAGACGGUGGACUGGUAUCCAAUGCUCCCCAUAUUCCUGUACAUUUGGGAUCAAUGCAAGAAGCAGUGCAGUACCAAAUGGGAGCUAGAAAGGAAUUAAAAGAAGGAGAUGUCAUCUUGUCAAACCAUCCUGGAGCUGGAGGAUCGCAUUUGCCAGAUUUUACCGUUAUAACACCAGUAUUUCACAAAGGCAUCCAGAAGCCAAUCUUCUUUGUAGCAAGCAGAGGUCACCACGCCGAUAUCGGUGGUAUAACACCAGGUUCGAUGCCGCCGCACUCUACCAGCUUGGACCAGGAAGGAGCGGCUUUUAAAUCAUUCCUUUUGGUAGAAGGAGGGAAAUUCCAAGAAGAAGAUUUCAUAGCUGCCAUCAAGAAAGCCGGAGGGCGAAAUCUGUCUGAUAAUAUAUCAGACGUUAGAGCACAAGUCGCAGCUAAUAAAAAAGGUAUAGAUUUGGUUAGUGAAUUGAUAGCCCAAUACGGGCUAGACGUCGUGCAGGCUUACAUGGGUUACAUACAGCAUAACGCGGAAGUUGCUGUUAGAGAUAUGUUGAAGAUGGUCGCUAAAGACGCGAAACGUAGAAUGGGAAAGUCUGUGCUGGAGGCGGAAGAUUUCAUGGACGAUGGAUCUAGGAUUAGGUUAACGGUGACGUUGGAUGAAGAGAAAGGAUCAGCUUAUUGUGAUUUUACCGGCACCGGCCCAGAGGUAUGGGGCAACUGCAAUGCCCCGAAAGCAAUAACUCUAUCGGCAUUAAUUUAUUGCCUGCGUUGUAUGGUCGGCCAUGACGUGCCUCUGAACCAGGGUUGCUUGGCACCAGUCAAAAUAAACAUUCCCAAAGGAUCUAUCUUGGAUCCAAGCGAUAACGCUGCCGUUGUCGGAGGUAACGUCCUAACCUCCCAGCGAGUAGUAGACGUAGUGUUGAAGGCCUUCAGAGUAUGUGCUGCUUCGCAGGGAUGCAUGAACAAUAUAACGUUCGGGGAUGAGACGUGGGGAUGUUACGAGACCGUAGCAGGUGGUAGCGGGGCGGGACCAUCAUGGCACGGCUGUUCAGGCGUCCAUACACAUAUGACCAAUACCAGAAUAACAGACAUCGAAAUCGUAGAGAGACGGUAUCCCGUUCACGUGCGCAAGUUCAUGUUGAGAUCCGGAACUGGUGGAAGCGGUAAAUACAGAGGCGGUGAAGGGGUAUUGAGGGAACUAAUGUUCAGAUCGCCACUUACUUUGUCUGUGCUUACCGAGAGGAGGGUUUUACAACCGUAUGGAAUGGAGGGUGGUGGUCCUGGCAGUAGAGGUGUUAAUAUCUUGGUGAGAGCGGAUGGUAGGAAAAUUAAUCUCGGUCCGAAAUCGGCGGUACCAGUACUACCAGGGGACGUUUUUCAACUACACACACCUGGAGGUGGAGGAUACGGUAAGGAAGGAACGUCACAGAUCCCGGAGGAUCCUUCCCAAGGGAGCACGUCGGAUAAGAGAAGGUUUGUGGAACGUGGCAGCGUUUUUGAGUACAGACAGGCGCAAGAAGGCGUGUAAAUUCUCCUUGACGCCGACCUCUGACUGAUAUACCGCGGGAGGAAUUUUAAUGAUACAUAAGGGGCAGCUUUUGUGAGUGGUAUUAAUGUAACAAUAUU